AUCAUCGCCAUUACCUCACAGCGUACGCAUGCGAGGGUUCAUAUCUGAACAUCUCUUGUGAAACAGGACAACUGAUUCAUCUGAUCCGAGCAAACUAUGGACGCUUCAGUAUUACCAUCUGUAAUGAACAUGGUUCUCUAGAUUGGAGCGUCAACUGCGCUUAUCUACCGUCUUCGUACCAGACUAUUAAAGAAAAUUGUGAGAUGAGGGAAACUUGCGUCGUCUCAGCUUCUAGCGCCAUCUUUGGAGAUCCUUGUCCCGAAACCAGGAAGUACUUGGAAGCACAUUACCAGUGUGUAGCAGAUUCAACACCCGUGUCAUCCACAACAACAACAUUGUCAACAACAAUUAAAACUACGACAGAACAUAGACCACCAAUAAUACUACCAAUUACCCAAAGUUUUCAACCGUUGGUUACUUCAUCCACAACAGAGACAACAUUGUCUUCCGAAACUCCAAGACAUUUGCCAACAUCACCCUCUCUUGAUACAACAAUAACGCCCUCACACGUCACAAAGCAAAAAUCAUCGUCAUCUGUAGGAGACUCCGAACCCACUUCAGGCAUUAUUAACACUUAUUCUGAUAAAGAUAGCGAAACUAUGUACAGCCCUUCUGCCUCAGCAGACAUAUUAGAGCAUACUUUAACCUCGUGCCCACCAACUGUAUUCAGAAAUAUUACGUGGGGCUGGACAAGAAGAGGACAAGAGGCCACUGAACCUUGUCCCAGGGGGUCUGUAGGUUUAGCCAAGUGGUAUUGUGUGGAUGCGGUCACUUCGGUCCACUGGAGCGGUGCUUCGCCAGACCUCAGCAAGUGUCGGUCACCAUGGGCGGAGAGCCUGAAGAGCAGAAUCGAUGGAGGAGACUCCGUCGUUGGCAUAGCAACAGAGCUGGCAGUGAUCGCCCGUACCAAACCUUUAUAUGGAGGCGAUAUUCCAGAGACUUCAACCAUCCUUCAUCGUAUUGUGUCCAAGAUGGAGGACAGAUCUCAAGACAUUAUAGACGAGAAACAGAGAUAUUAUCUAAUACUGGAGAUGUUAAAUUCUGUAAUGGAAAUAGUGAGUGGACUUAUGGAGGACUUCCAGCAUCAGGCCUGGCGAGAUAUGUCCACCAGUCAACAACGUGUUGCAGCUUCUACGUUGAUUGAAAGACUGGAACAGAUCACGUGGGUACUCGCCAAUACCAAUUCCUUCGGGGAUCGAUGGGUUCACGUAGAGAACAAUAUAUUAGUCUCAAUUCGUUUGGUCCAGACCUGGUCAGUAACGACCUUACAAUUUCCACUAAGUGAGGAGGUGGAGGGCACAAGUUGGGAUCCAGUAAGAGACGUCAUCUUACUACCAGCCACAGCAUUAGUCGGAAGUGGAAGGAAUGGUCGUGUGAAGAUUGUUUUCAUAGCGUACAGAAAUGUUCAGAACUUUACCCCUCUUGAGCGAAAUCUUCCAGUAUCUAAUCGCUCGAAUGGCGCUCACAACAGAAUGAUCAACUCACGAGUCCUCAGCGCCUCUAUAGAUCACCAUCGAAUGACACGACUUCACCAGCCCGUGACUGUUAUCCUGAAACAUUUACAGGAAGAAAAUGUCACCAAUCCACAGUGUGUCUACUGGGAGCUUAGUACGAGUCGUUGGUCAUCUGAAGGUUGUUGGAUUAAAAAAACAAACACGACCCACACCGAAUGUUCCUGUAAUCAUCUAAAAAACUUUGCCUUGAUCAUGGAUAUAUCUUUGACAAAGGUGGAAAAGGAUGGCCAGCUGACUAUCCAAAUCGUGACCUCUAUAGGAUGUGGAUUUGCUAUAUUUUUCUUGUUGGUUACUUUUGUCACCUUACUCCUAGUUAGAUGUUUAAAAGACGAUCGCCAGUUGAUCCAUAAAAAUAUCUGCUUCUGCCUUAUUGUUUCUGAAGUGAUCUUUGUGGGAGGGAUCGACUUCGUAAUGAAUAGAAUCAUUUGUGGUGUGGUAGCAGGAUUGCUACACUAUUUCUUCUUGUCUACCUUCAUCUGGAUGUUUCUUGAGCCACUCCAACUACUACUGAUUUCACUAGAGAGGAAAGAUUACAAUGAUUCUGCUCGACGUCGCUGGAUAUGGUACUGUUGUUCGGGAUAUGGCUUACCCAUCAUAGCCGUGGGGGUUUGUGCUUUUAUUGAUCCCCAGAGCUAUGGAACUAAGUCCUACUGCUGGCUAAAAUUAGACAAUUACUUUAUCUUGGGAUUUCUGGGACCUGCUCUCGCCUUUGUUUUGGUGUCUUUCAUAAUCUUGUGUGUGAUAAGUGCAAGUUUCUGUCGUAAGAAUGGCGAAUCCGUGACCUGUAAAAAUAUGGAGCAAUCAAAACUACUUAACUUGAGGUCUUGGUGCCAACAGUCUGUUUGCAUUCUUAUCUUGCUGUGCUCAACUUGGGGAUCAGCCCAAUGGUUUCUUCUGUGGAAGACAUCUUUGACAGGGUAUCUCUUCGCUGUUCUCAACAGUCUUCAGGGUAUCGUGAUAUUCAUUGAGUUUUGUCUCAGGAGUUCUAAGGUCAGAAAAGGGCUGAAGAAAACCCAUUGUUGUUCCCGAUGGCUAACCGAAUGUUGUCGAAAACCUCACGACAGCCAGUCGAACCUUUACACACACGCCAACGGACUGCUGACACUACCGCCCCCUAGUGCCAUCAGCGGAGAACACAUUCAGCUGACACAGGGGUCGUGGAGAUCAUCGAAAAGUCAACAGAGGGGAAAACAGGUCAACAUACUGGAUACACCAGAUAUCCCAUUUAUUCCUUUGGUGGGAUUCCGAGUACAUGAACACGUGACUGGAUUUGGAUCCAAGUUUUGCGGUGAGAACAGUAACUCAUUCUCGACGUCUUCAACAAGAAAGAAGUAUCUGGAACGUGACCAAGGGUCAAAGAGGUAUCUGGACGAAGCAACAUCUAGUGGCCUUUGUUCUUAUACACCUCAUAUCUAUUACGCUAAAUUAGAUCAUAAAUAUCAAAUCAUUGAUGGUGAAUCGGCAAUGGACAGAUUCAAACUUAGAGCAACAUCUGAAUGUAACAACGACUUUGAUUGGUUUACACCAGUUACUGUUUCGCAAUCUUCUGCAAAUACUUGUAAACGUCAGCCAAUGAAACAGCACGACUCAGCCCCAGAAAAUACUACGAAAUCCACAUUGCCCGCUGCGCUAACGUCUUCUUCACGACCACGACAUUUGCCUAUAUUUCAAGACGGGUAUUUGCGCCCUCGCGUGGCGUACAACGGAAUCAAUAGCCCAACAGAUUCGGAACGUUCUUUUAACAGUUUAGUAAAUGAUCGAGGCAUAAUUUCUUUAUCUUCUUCGAGUCAACACAACAGUAACACCAGUUCUCUGUCUCCUGAAUUAAGGCCGGAGAGCGAACUUCUACAGAGCUUGCCAAACUUAAAAACUUCUGAACGAACUGAUAACUCAGCUUUCUCGAAUGUUCUCAAAUUUCCAAGUGACAACACGGCACUUGGUUCGAUUCUGAAAAAUUGAUACCAAUAAAACCAGCUUUUAGUCUUAGAAGUACUCCAGUAAUUACAAGAAAACGGGAAAUAUUGCAAAAAAAAAACUAAUUUAAGAAUCACUCCCAUUGGCUUUUAAACUAGAUUUUCCUAAACUAUUUGUGCACGGAAUUGCUUGAAAAUCCCUAUUAAUGUAUGUGUCACAUCACACAAUAUUAAUCAAAAAAUACUGUCAUUAUUGCAAUCAAUCCCACUACUUUUUAUUGGGAUUCACUGUCUAUUCUCUCGUUAUCAUUCCUUUACCCGAGUACUGUAACAUAUAGAAACACUGAAUGACUCUUUGUGAUGCAAUAUGUAGAUCCCAGCGGUAGUGAACAGUAUAUAUAAAAAAAAGUCAGUAAUUUUAGGGUUAGGCACACUAUUCGGAAAAUAACCAAAGUAGUGCCAAAGCUGUGUGCAUUUGAAUAUUGAUAUAAAUGCUUAUGGUAAUUCCAUUUUCGUUUUCGUUAACAUUUAGAUAUUUUUUGAUGAAAUAUUGUAAAAUACACGUGUUAUGACUCAGUGUUAUUAAGUAUGGUAAUCUCGGUACUGGCAAUCGGUGACAAGUGUAUCUGUAAACAACACUCGUUAUGUCACAUUCGUGUUA